GACGGUUUGUUGUACUGUUGGCGGUGGCGUGGUCCAUUUUCAGUGAGGGGUUAUCUCCGAGCAUACGGCCUCCUAGGCAAGAAAAGUUGCAGUAGAUGGCCUCAGUGUAAUAACUUGUUAGAAUAUUUCCUAGUUAUUUCAAGUUAUUAGAAUAAUUUACAUCACUAAUCCACUUUAGUAAUUCGAGUAAGUAACCCAAAUAUUUGGCUUCGAUACUUAGCUUAUACCAAAACAAGUAGAACAAUGAGGGAGAUAAUUUAUUGGCAUAUUCUUUCCCGCAAGAAAACACCUUUUCAACUGACUUUCCGCCGACGUCUCCUUUUGGAUGUAAGUCUACCGGUACCGCUUAUGGCACUAGUACAGGGAGUCCAUAUAUUUGCGGGGUGUUCGAGGUCAACACCAUGUCAACUUUGAUAAGUGGGUAUUGAGAGUCACCCACCCCUCCACCUUUUUAAGCAUAUUGAGGAGGCCGUCAAAGAACGGUAAUCUACCGCCGAGCUGAAGAAAAAGGAUACGGGUAGGUCUCACAUCGUCCCAGGCAUAACAAAGGUUGGGAUUUCGGGGGUUUUCACCGUGUACUCCACUACACAUCCCCGUCGAACUCAACUCUUGUUAGACAUGGGACGAAGUAUCAACUUUUCCCCAUGCGGUCAGGUAUCGUCCGCGUACUCCUUGCUGCAGCUCAGAGCGAAGCUGCGGAUCCGAGCUUACACGUUUUGGUCAGAGGUGGAAAUCAGAGGUCAUCCACGAGGGAUUCAGCGGGAACGAGGACCGUGUCCAGCUUUGUCGAAAUGGAACAUGAAGAUAUAUAAGGAGGCCGAUAUGUCCUCUGAACUUUCCUCUUCAUCCUCUUCGAUCAUCCUCUCUAACGCUCUAAUAGUCUCUUCUAUAAUUGACAAGAGCUCAUAAUAUCCUAAUUUCCUUCAUCAUGAAGAACACAUUCGUUACUUUUAUGGCUUUGGCCAGCACCACUUUGGCAUCUGCCAUUCCCCUUGUUUCGGACCUGGUCCGCGACUCUACACUCGCUACCCGCCAGCUUGCACCAGACUGUCAACACGGUCCAGAUUCCAGAGGCUGCUGGAGUCCUGGUUUCAACAUUGAUACUGAUUAUCAUGAUAACACCCCCAACACUGGAGUAACCCGAGAGGUAAGAAUCCAAGAUGCCUUUCUUCGGCUAUUUCCAUUUCUUCGCUUGGAAAGAACGCACUACUAUUUACUAACCUGACCUCACAGUACUGGAUAACUGCUGAGAACAUCACUCUCAGUGCCGAUGGUUACACAAGACAAGUUCUUGCUUUCAAUGGAACCAUUCCUGGGCCUGCCAUCGUAGGCGAUUGGGGAGACAAUUUCAUUAUUCAUGUCACCAACAACAUGCCCAACAACGGUACUGCUAUCCACUGGCAUGGCCUUCGUCAACUCAACUCGGUUGAGUAUGAUGGAGUUCCCGGUGUUACCCAAUGCCCUAUCGCUCCCGGAGAUACCCUUACGUACAGGUUCCAAGCUACUCAAUAUGGUUCUACAUGGUAUCACUCCCAUUUCACCCUUCAAUACGGAGACGGGUUACUCGGCCCUAUGAUUAUCAAUGGUCCAGCAACGGCAAACUAUGAUGAAGACUUGGGAUUGCUCUUCCUCUCCGAUUGGUCCCACACUCCAUUGCCACAACUUUGGGAUGUCGCUAAGCAAGGAGUCCCACCAGUUUUGGAGAACGGUGUCAUUAACGGCACAAACACUUACGACUGCAGCACCAGCACCGAUCCAAACUGUGUUGGAGGCGGUAGAAAGAAUGUCAACGUCUUCGAGCCUGGAAGAAGGUACCGAUACAGAUUGUUAAACUCGGCUCUUGAUUCUCACUUCCAAUUCUCCAUCGACGGCCACAGCUUUGAAGUCAUUGGCAUGGAUUUGGUGCCAAUUAUUCCCUACACAACCGAUAGCAUUUCUAUUUCCAUUGGACAACGUUACGAUAUUAUUGUCACUGCCAACGCUGCUCCAGGCGAUUACUGGUUACGAGCUGGUCUAGUUCAAGCAUGCGGUGCCAAUGCCAAUGCUGCAAAUAUCACUGGAAUCAUAAGAUACGAUGCUAGCAGCACUGCUGACCCAACUACCACUUCCUCAGUCACCCGAGAAGGUAUCUGCAGUGAUGAACCAGUCGCGAACCUUGUUCCUCACGUUCGCAUGGAUGUUGGAGCUUAUGACGCGUCUGCUGUAGAUCAGGAGGAACUCGGGUUCGUUUUUGAGGAGCACUUCAAGUGGACUCUCAACGGCACUAGUCUUCACGUCAACUGGGACAACCCAACCACCUUGAGAGUCUUCAACAACGAGAGCAUUUGGCCUGCCGAGUACAACGUUCAACCACUCAGAACUGUCGAUGAGUCAGACAUCUGGGCUGUGUACGUUAUCGAGGACCUCACUGGCUGUAAGUUACGAUUCCACAAUAUUAUUGACAUUAAAACUCGCAAAAGAAACAAAAGCUAAUCACAAUAUUAUAGUCGGUAUAACCCACCCAAUCCACCUUCACGGUCACGACUUCUGGAUCAUUUCCCAAGGUGUUGGUCUCUUCGAUGACGCAGCUGCCGCAGCCGUGAACCUCAUCAACCCCCCUCGCCGAGAUGUUGCUUCUCUUCCAGCCAACGGACAUUUGGCAAUGGCUUUUAAGAAGGACAACCCAGGAACUUGGUUGCUCCACUGCCACAUCGCAUGGCACGCAUCUGAGGGGUUCGCCAUGCAAUUCGUCGAGGACGAGAACAGAAUCGCCCUUACUAUGACGGACGCCGCUGUCUACCAAGACACCUGUGCUAAUUGGGUAGAGUUCGAGAGAACAAACAUCUUCGAGCAAGAUGACAGUGGAAUUUAAGCACCACACCAACACAACGCCACGAUCACUCUUUCAUAUAUUCAUGAUUUCAUUGCCAGCAACGACUUUCCCACCUGGGGCUUUUCUUCUCAGGCCGCGCGCAUUCAUUUCUCAGCGGUGCUUUUAGCGGGUGGAUUGUUUCCUUUUGUCAUAUUAGUAGAGGCUGAUUGGUGAGCGAGAGAUGGUAGUCAAGAGAGAUAAUGAUUUGAUGUAUAUACAUGCAUAGAUGGGGUGUCUUUACGCACAUAUGUUUAGCUCACAGAAUAAUCGAUAUGUAUUAAAUCACU